AUGGACAAGAAGUUCAAUAUCAUCUUGGGUAGUAGUAGCCGAUCAAGGAAUGGAUGUGCUAACUGUAAGAGGUCAAAGAAGAAAUGUGACGAAGCAUUCCCCAGUUGUGGAUUGUGUAGCAAAAGGAAAUUAGAAUGUCGAUAUGAAAUAUUUAGAAGUGCCAAAAUAAAGAAGGUGAAGAAAGGUAGUGAGAGUGUGGGAGAUAAGGGAGUAAUGGAGGAAUUGGAGAAUCAUUUCGACUUAAGAGAUAGAAAAGGUUCAAUCGAGGUGACUGAUAAUAAAGAACCUGUGAUACAUACCGUGGGGGAUGUGAUAGGUCAUAAAGAUGAAAAAAUUCAGAUAGAUAAUAAGGAUAUGAUACAGAACGUGGGGGAGACUAUAGAUCAUAAAGAAAUUGAUAUGAUAGAUUUAGGAAUCUCUCCUGGAGCUUUAACCAGGCAUUCCCCAACUUUUUCAGAUAUGAUGGACGUUCCAUUCGAUUUCACCAUUCAACCCACUUCCACGUUUAAUCUUUAUCUUGAUGAAUCAGGGAUGCAAUUUCUUAGAUAUUUCGAAACCACCGUCACUAAGCUUCUUACUUUUGAUAGUAAGUCAUCCAAUUAUUUCCUUAAAACUUUCCUUCCCAUGAGUUUAACCGAAGAAAGUAUUUCUCACGCUUUAGCGUGCUGGGGAGGAGUUUUCAAAGAGAAGAAGGGACUUGAAGAUUCUAAAGUAAAGAAACAUCUUGAUAAGUCAUUCACGUUGAUCAGAUCAGUCAAUCAGAACACCAACUUCGAUCUUUACCUCCUUUUCUGCUUUUAUCAAAUCAUGAUAGGAAUCCAUGUUUGUGCUGGAGAUGUGAUCAAUUGGUAUAAGAUGUUUGAGACAUGUAGUGUCAUGAUACGGCGGAACGGAGGGAUAGGUAACCUUCUUAAACGGUUCAAUCAUUCCAAUGAUUGUAAAUGGUUCAUCUCUAACCAUGAAUAUCACGACAUUCUCAAUUCAAGAGCCUUUAGAUAUGGAACCCAUUUCCCUAUUCAGGAGUAUAAUCAGUUGAACUUCUUUGAUUAUGGGAUUGAUCCAUUCCAAGGGUGUCACAAUACGAUUAUCUUGUUGUUAGGGGAGGUUUUGAACGAGAAAACUCAUCUUCCUAGUUUGACUUUGCAGCAAAUUUGGGAUAAGUUCAAUAGUUUAUGGGUAAAAAUUGAUAAUUGUGAACCCAAUGAGUAUCAGUUGAAUUUGUUGGAUGAGGAGGACAAAAUCAUUCAUUUGAAUUGUUGUAAGGCGUUCAAGAUAGCCACCAAGAUCGUGUUGUUGACAUAUUUCAAGAAACUUCCACCUCAGGCAUUGGAUAUUCAAUUAUUGGUCAUUGAAGGAUUGGAAUUGAUUGAAAUCUUGAAGACUUCUAAGUGUGUCACUUCUAUAACCUUCCCAUCAUUGAUUGUGGGGAUUAACGUGGUAGGAGUAGAAAGAGAGGUGUUUAAGAUGUUGCUUGAACAGAUCUAUUCCUUCUAUACGGUGGGGAAUUUGAGGAGAGUGAAGGAAUUGAUUGAGAUGUAUUGGGAGAGAACCGAGGGGGAGAAAUGGGUUGAUUUUGUGGAUAUAGUUGAUGAUUUAGGUUGGGAGUUAUCAUUCUGUUGA